GCAGCCUGCACACGGCUCUGCCCGCUCCCUGCUGCGGGAGGGCCGUGGGACGCAUCCCCGGGUCUGAUCCUGCAGGUACUGCAGCCCUGCGGCUGGGUGCAGACAGACCAGCAAUUUUUCCUGCAAGCCGAGCUGCUGCUGCUCCGAGAGCUGCAAUGUUUCUGACCUGCCAACGCUGGCUCUGACUGCAGGAGCACGUGUCCAGCAUCUCCUUCACCUGCCUGGCCAGUGGGGAUACACCUGCAGCGAGCUCCAUCCGGCCUCAGGAGAAAAGGAAUUUCCUCCGGGCACGUCCGUUAAAUGAGGGAACACAUUCAAUGUUAUUUUCCCUUCUCUGCUCUACUUUCUGCACUGGGAACAUGAGGGACAUGCUGGAUGUGCAACCCUUUGCACAGAGUUGGAUUUGAAUCUUCCCCACAGCUUGUGGCACCCAAAUCUGCAUCGGGGGGACCCUCCACUGCAGCAACAGGCACAGCACGGUUGGCCUUUGGUCUCUGCUUGGGGGCCAUCUACUUCUUCUGGAGCCUGUCCCUCUCUGCGUGCAGCUGGGCAGGAGAUGGGCCUUUCUGCGGCUGACUUUGAAGCCACCAGCAGUGUGGCUGGCACAGAGGCAGCCACCACGUGACUAUGCAUAAUCGAAAGAAAUUAUUCCUUCCUUAAAGUAACCACUAGAGCAGUUACGCAUGUUUAUAGUGAACACAGUUAUUGGGUAGGCUUUAUCAACAGCCGUCCCCUGUGCCUCUACUAGAGGCUUCCUAUAGCUGUACUUUUUUGCCCUCACCCUGCGCUACAGCAUUUCCAUUCGGAGCAGAGAGCAUCAGCUGCCAGCAGGAAACACAGUCCUGCACAAAACACUUCCAGACGGUAACUCCUUUCUACUUCAGUCACCCCAGCACUGCCUGAGCAGGUCCCUCCAGGCAGCAACUGCUCGGCGCUGCCCUGUUUCAGGACUGAGAUCAGGGCUGUGCACAGCCAGGUUCUUCCCCUGCUCACUUUGCAGUAGGUGUGACAGUAAAACACAUUUAUUUUUGUGACCUGCCUAGGGACAAGAGUCAACUUAACUGGAGAGAAAAUCAUUUAUAAUUCACCUUUGACACAGAGAUUAUGGGGAGAGAAAUGCAACUUUAAUGUGGCUGAGGUUUAUAAGACUAAUGGGCAAGCUUAAAUGUAAAAACCCUGUCAUUUUGUAUAUUUGAACACUUUUUGGUGAAGAGUAAAUGCUUCAAAACGCACUUUGUGUCCCCAGAUGAGCCACGCUGAGUCCCCAGCAGUGCAAUAUCCCUGCUCCUUCUCCAGCCCAGCCAUCUUCCUGACCCCCGGGGCAGUGUCACUCGGAGAGGUUGUUCUCCAGGGCCUGUCCCCAGCCACAGCACAGCGUCAGCAUGGGCAGCCACAACAGCCCUUCCACCUCCGCUGGCCCUGCUUGGGCUGUGAGCCUUGAAUCUUGGAGGCUAGGUAACAGCUGGCCCAGGAUUUGUAGUUAUCAGCGUUACUGCUUCCCUCUUGUGGUGAGGAAACAGCCUGAGAGCGAGAUGCUGUACCCACCAACUGGGAUAGACAGACACGGCUAAAUCACCAGCGGGAGAAACCCUGGAUCCCUGUUGAGAAAGGGUGCAAAUCGGCUCCAAUAUCUGGACUGAGGACCUGAAAAGCAUCUGAAGAAAUGCAGAAGGAAGAAGAAAGGCUCUCUGCAAGCUCCCGUUAAGCCCCAGUUAACUACUAUGGAUAUAUGUAAGGUACAUGAAAACUCUUCCAAAUGCAGUGGAAACACCAUGCCCAUGGAGUGCUUCAUGGUUCUCAGCACACAAGCGCAGAAGAUAAGCAUUGCCACACUGUGCUGCCUCUUUGGGACACUGUGCAUUUUAGAGAACUCUUUGGUGUUGUAUCUGAUCUUCUCUUCCCCCACAAUUCGGAAAAAACCUUCCUACCUCUUUAUCAGCAGCCUUGCCUUGGCUGACAUCCUGGCCAGCAUCAUUUUCGUCUCCAGUUUUGUUAACUUCCAUGUGUUUAAUAAUACUGAUUCCUCUAAAGAAAUGUUCCUGCUGAAGCUGGGAGGGGUCAACACAUCCUUCACAGCAUCCCUGAGCAGUUUGCUGCUGACAGCCCUGGACCGUUACAUCUGCAUCAGCCGGCCCUCCGAGUACAAGUCUCUUGUGACAAGGAAGAGAGCAUGGGUAGCCCUGGGGGUACUCUGGGUGACAUGUGUGACCAUUUCCUCCCUGCCCCUGCUGGGCUGGAACUGCUGCACACUCAAUUCAGCCUGUUCUGAGCUGUUCCCAUUCGUGGAUGACAAGUAUUUGUCGAGCUGGAUCUUCCUCGUCAUGGUCCUGCUGGCGUCGAUAGUCUGUGCCUACGCACACGUGCUGUGGAAGGCUCAUCAGCACGUGGCUUACAUGGGGAAGCACCAAGUGCAAGGUGGGAAGCAAAAUGCCAGGAUGAGGAUGGACGUCAUGCUGGCCAAGACACUAGUGAUGGUACUGACUGUCCUCAUGGUGUGCUGGUCUCCAGUCCUGGUUCUCAUGAUCUACGGCAUCUUUGUGAGGCUAAGCAAUCAGCUUCGGAGGGUGUUCGCCUUCUGCAGCACCCUCUGCCUGUUGAAUUCUAUGGUGAACCCCAUUAUUUAUGCCCUGCGGAGCAAAGAGCUAUAUUCCUCUCUGAGGAUGGUCUUUUCUCAGUUCAAGAGGCAGCUGAGGGCCACGGAGGACAGCCCAGAAGCAGAGAGCACCCACAAGUCCUCAGUGAUAGAGACCGUCUGCGAAGAAACAUGCGUAACAUAGGGAGGCAGCAGUGGAAAGUCUGAGCUUGGGCUGGCGGAAAGUCUGUCUUUUCCUUUGGAUAGUUUUUCUCUUCUCUUCUCUGAGGAGGUCCUAGAAGAUGAUGGAUCAGAUGCCUGUCAUGGAGUCAGCUCCCUCUGAUGUUUUUCUUAGACAUUGGGACAUAAAGUGCACAGACUUUGCAUGGACGGCUAGUCCCCAUGCUGUGCUAUCAUAUGGAGGCUGCAGAGAUACCAGUGCCACGUAAUGGUGUGCCAGUCAAGAGCCUUCUGCAGACCCCCAUGGGGCAAUGGAUAAAGGAGUCCAUGCCCCAGAACAGCAGAUCCUAAUGUUUUAUGACGGCUCUUCCUGCCUGGCCUUCCACCUGUCCAGCCAGUCACCUCCUAACCCAUUUUUCUUGCCUUCAGUGAUGUCUUCCUCACCCUCUCUUAAAAUACAGUCAAGCUCAAGCAAAACACUCUGCAGAACUUCAAGCGCGCUAGAAAUAACUAGACAUCAUAUAACUCCCUGUCUAAAACCUUUAACUGGGCAUGGUCAAAAUUAUGCAGGCACUAUCAGCAAAGUGCUAACAGCACAUCAUGAAGUGGCAGAGGUACAUCUAUUUAUACUAGUCCUGAAUGCAGUCUCGGGGUGCUGUGUAUUAACAGCAUGGUGACACAAGGUCUUCAGGUCCCGGCACGCGGGGGAGAAGGACACUGACUCAUGACAAGGCUCCCUCCGCCUGUCAGUACCUUGGUGCAUCAUGGCAGUAGCAGGACCUGCAGCAGCAGAGGAGGCACCCGAGCCUUUGCUGGAAAACGUCACACCCUGCAAAUCAUUUCACUGGACUCGCUUGCAAACUGCCCUGGCUAAUCACGUCUCACAGCAUUUAAGGUCGUAUUGAUUUUAGUGCUUAAUUUUUUAUGUAGGAAAAGUAACAUGUUCUCACUGAGGCUUAGAGGUUCUGCAGCAGUUGAGAGUUUCAAGAUGGAUCUGACACUGCAGGCACCACAUUUCAGCCAGGAAAUUUAAGGAAACCUAAUCUAUGCGAUACAGAUAUUUGUCCAUUUGGAUGCUGUGUAUUUGGAUGUAAUAUAAUUAAACAUUA